GCAAGCAAGAGUGGGGAGGGGCCUAGGCUGAAGUUGGCCCCUCCUGGGCUGUUGAUAACAUAUGCAUGCUCUGUACACCCGUCUAACAGAGACUAAUCCUACAUGCCGGCUUGCAUCUUCUCCACAGAGCUCCUUGUCUCUCAGCCCACGGACGCAGCAGGGAAUGUACGGGCCCCUUGCCUGGGCUUUUGUCGCUGGUUUUCUUGAAUGAGGAGAAGCAAGCAGCAGCUCCACUGACUGCAGGAAAUGAGGCUCCCCCAGACACUCCCCCUCACUCUUCUGUUCCUGAGCUGCUUGGAAGGUGCCAGUGGCAGGAAGGGCAAGGAGAACAGUGAACAAGCAAAGCCCUCCUCCUCCUCCUCCUCCUCCUGGGCGCAGUCUGGACAAUUCUCCACCCGUGACAAACACCUGUGCAGCUGGCAGCUGAUCUCCAGGGAAGAAGCCACUGAGCUCCAGCUCAGCUGUCACCAGCCAGGAGAGGAGAGCAGCAAGGGGCAGCAAUGCAUCUACCAGGGCCAUCCAGAGCUCUGUGCUGCCUACAACUCCAAAGGCCGUCAAUUCUGGAAGCAGAUCCUUGGCAAGCUCCGCAGGAAACGCCACCCAUGCCAGGACAGCAGCCCACUGAAAUCUCGGCUUUGUAGUAGUAAGAAGGGGGCCUCUGUACAGCUACAGCUGGUCCCUACCAUUCCCAGCAUGGAAGCCCCAGGGGUUACUGAGGGCCUUGCUAAGGGCAGGUCCAAGGGGAAGGGUCGUGCCAAGGAUCUGUCGGCACCACAGAAACCCAAGGACAGGGCGAUAAGCAGUCCAGCAAAGGCAGAUGCCCCAGACAAGCGGAGCAAAGGUGGGAAGAGGAAAGCCAUUGCCAGCUCCUCAGUGGCUCCAACCCAGCCACCUCGUAGGCAGCCUACAGCCAUCGUGGAAGGCACUGAGCAGCCCACAGAGUUCAACGCAGACAUCGCCCAAGCCUACUGUGAAGAGAAGUGGCACUCUCUUUGCAACUUCUUUGUGAAUUUCUGGAAUGGCUGAACCUGGAGCCAUGGGGGAAGAAGGGGGUGUAGAGUUGGGGGGUGCGCUAAAGGACUGAUUGAGGGUGGGUACAGCAGAGUGAUAGGCAGAUGGAAGGCAGAUGGUGAGGUUGGGGUGAGGGCAACAUGAAGGAAAGAGGGACGGAAAGGAUGGGUGGAACUAUCAACAGAGUGUGGACAAAGAUGUGGGAUAAUAAGGGGGCAGCGAUGGGACUUUAAGGGGUAUAUAACUUACUCAUAUUUACUAACCCUGCAGCACUUGCUAAUCAAGAGGCUGGGAGUGUGGAAAGCUUAUUUGCACCGGGAGUUAUGGGUUAACCAAAUUACAUUUCCUUCCUUCCAUGCUAGAUGAGCUCCAGCUGUGAGCAAACAGCUCUGCUGCAUCCAAUGGUUUCUUUCCUUCUUGUAAUCAAGUAGCAAAUCCUCAGUUAAUAAAAGAUGUAUUGGGAUUGUCAUGUUUAAAUCGCUCAACUUUCCCCCCCUAAAUCUGUGAGACAUCUAACAAUUGUACAAGUGCAUAGUGGCAUAGAUUUUACUGGGCAGAAUAAUAUUAAUAAAUUAAAUACUUUUACAGCA